GACUAAUCCAAAAUUUAUGUAGUAUUUACAUACAGCUACACACACACAAACGUAUGUACGUAUUCAAAUACACAAAUGGACCCCCAAAGUCCAAUGUUAGUGUAUAAUACGUUCUAUUUUCUCAGCGAGAGUGGCGGACUACGUGCAUUAAAGGACGUAUUAUCAAACAAAGAAAUAAAUACAAAAUAAGUACGCAAAAGAGCCACCCUCUCUCUUGUGUAUUCUCUCUCUGCGCAAAAACCGGCCGCUAAAAGCUUAUGGUGAAUUUAUAAAAUCGAAAAUAGAAAAAGUAAACAAAAAGUAUUUUCACCACGAUAUUCACCAAAAUGUCGAAAUGUCAUACGAAAGAGAAAAGUCAAAAGUUAAUAAAAACAGCUGACAACUAGCUUUUUAAAUUAUACAAUUUGAAUUGUGAAAUCAAUUUCUUUUUAAAUCAAACGCAUUUCCAUUAAAAUAAAUAUAAUAAUGAGUAAUUUAUUGAAUAUUACCAAACAAACUUGUCGUUUGUGUCACACGACAUUAAAACAAGCGUCUGCAAACGUUUUACAAAGCAAUGCGGCUUCAUUAUCCACAACAGCGUGUGUUUGCGCUGACUCCAAGCAGCCGAAAGAAAAGAGUGCACGCGUAGUGGAAUUUGAAAAGAAAUUACGUGCCAAGACACCGAUUGGAAAACUAGAUGAAUUCUCACAACAUCCAUUCCAAGAAAAGGAACCUUUGAAACCAUGGCCUAAUGCAACCAACCCACAUACUGGAGAAAUUGGUGGCCCUGCUGGACCAGAGCCAACACGUUACGGUGAUUGGGAGCGUAAAGGACGUGUUACAGAUUUUUAAAUAAGAGACUAAUGGAUAUAAACUUGGUGUUAGAUAUUAUUGUUACUAAUUGUCACGAAUCACUAUCAUUAUUACUAUUAAAUAUUGUUCUAAAAUUUUAAA